GAAGGAUGGCUUGUUACAAUUCAGUUAGAGCUUUUGUGUUUCUGACUAUAGUGUUCUACCCAACAGCAAGUGAACCCGAUAUAGAGCCGGAAUGUUCAAAAUUCAAAUAUGACAAACAAAUGUUAGAGACAAUGGUCAGAAUGGAAGCUAAAAUGAAUCAGUGGGAUAAAGAAAAGGAAAACUUUGAAGAGAACAUGCUGUCUAUAAUGGAACAUCGGAAGGAGGAAAUGAAACGAGAGUUUUUAAAUCAAAAACAACAGAUUGGUCAAAUGUUUGAUGACUACAAGAAGAUUCGUGAAGAACUCAAAGCGGCUCAGCGUGAAAAGCUAGAUGGUAAUUUUACAAAAAUACCGAAGGUAGCAUUCAACGCACGUACAAAGUACAGUAGAGCUGUAUAUGUCGUCUCUCAAACUAUGGUCUUCCCUGAGGUUACGCUUAACGAAGGUGGUGGAUAUGACAAAAUCACCGGAAUUUUCACAGCACCUUUGGCUGGUCUGUACCAAUUCAGCGUGCACAUAUGCCAUGCCACGACAAAGUAUGUGGUCGUAGCUAUUGUUCAUAAGGAUACUGAAGUUGCUAUGACAACAGGAUAUGAAAAGGAUACAAGCAGCUGCAGUUCAGCAAUGGCUCUUGUAAAUAUGGAGACUGGUGACCGCGUGUACGUGAAAGUUACAUACCCGAGUGCGCUGUACGCUGACAAGUAUCGAUGGCCAUCUUUUUCGGGCGUUCUUUUGAAUAUUUGAAUACAUUUGUUGACUGAUUCAGAAGUUCAAGUGUCGCACGCUUCUUGUUUCUUUAUCAGUUUUUUUCAGCAAAUAUUUUGCAUUUUUUAAUAAUGAUCAUAAAUAUUAUUAUCGUACUCUUGAACUAAUAAUGUUACUUCCUGUUGACUAAAUAUGUGCAAAUACACAUAUAAAUGAUAUUGAUUUAUUAAAAACUGUAAAACCUUUGUAUAAGAUUUUGAAUAAACAGGACAUUAUAACAGUACAUGCAGGCAACGAGAUAAAAUUUAGAUAUACACAUUUGUACCAUGUUUAUAAUUCUUCUUUUUAAUAUGCAGAUCGAAUACAGCAUUUAAGGCACCGACGAUCAAAAUAGAAAAUAAGAGUAAUUGCUUGAACAUAACGGACAAUACCGCGCCAAACACUAAAAUUGUUAUCCAAUGUUGUUACAGGGGUUAGUACGUUAAAUAUAAUCGGUUUAAUCUAAGAAUACAUGUUUAUUUCAUUUCUUAAGUAGUCAUUUAAGGUUUUGGAAAGAAAUCAUCUUCAAUAAAACUAUCACGAACCUGUAUAUGGUCAUCGCAUUCAUGUUUGACAAAGACAUAGUCAUUUAAACCUUAACAAAAAGGACAAUGUGUUAUAACUUUUUACUUUAAAAUGCAUCGGCCAUGAUUCAUGUCUUAUGACCUUUUCCUGAAAAACUUUUUAUAAAUCAAGUCAGUAACCUGACCCUGCCAUUAAAACUAAGUAAUGUUACCAUUUAAUGGUACGCUACUGUACUGAUCAAGGGAGAUAAUAUUACAGCCUUUCGUACAUUUGUAACAAUUAUUGUUACGGAUCAUGUAGUGUUUCCUCGUACAAUCCCAUAAAUUUAUUUUAUUAUUAAGUAUUUCCGAAACGUUAGAAAGGGAUAGAGUGACGUUAACUUUGUAUCUUAUUUUUCUAUCUUUUCUUCAAUUAACAUGACUGUAUUUAAUCACAAGAAUAUAUCAUUUUAUAUUGAA